GUGUGCACUGUGCACAGUCGGAUGCGGCUGUGUCCUAUAAAUAAGCCAUCGGACGCUGCACUUCGCAGCAGCCGGGUAGCCACUUGCCACACACAAGACAACUACUGACCUACCACAGCUAUCUCGCAUAGUCGCGUUCUUUGAUCGAGCUCUUGCACUCCUAACCAUCGACAUCACGCAUCGAACUGAACUUUCUAGCAGCCAGACACCAGAGCCAGGAGCAGCGCGGGCGCGGCGGCGCACGACAGGUUCGCGACAUGGUGAAGAGCGCGCAGCUUCAGGACACGGCGGUCGACGGCGCCGCUGGCAAUGCGGUGGCGGCGAGGCAGCAGGGCGCCGGCGCCCCGGCGGGCUACGGCAGCGGCGGCGGCAAGAGGCAGUACAAGGGCGUGCGGAUGCGGAGCUGGGGCUCCUGGGUAUCGGAGAUCCGGGCGCCCAACCAGAAGACCCGGAUAUGGCUCGGCUCCUACUCCACCGCCGAGGCCGCCGCGCGCGCCUACGACGCCGCGCUGCUCUGCCUCAAGGGCUCCGCCGCCGACCUCAACUUCCCCGUGCACCUCCCGUUCCACAUCCCCGCCGCCGCCAUGUCGCCCAAGUCCAUCCAGCGCGUCGCCGCCGCGGCCGCCGCCAAUGCCACCUGCAGCCCGCUGCCCGCCGCGGCGGCGCCCUACUCGGCCUCCACGGCCGUCAACGACGGCGCCACCCCUCCGUGCAGCUACUACGGCGACGCGUCGUCGGGCGUGAGCUCCCCGGAGACCGGGAACGCUGACCUGUGCCACGACGGCAUGGACAUGGCGGGCGACGCCGACUUCGCCGCGCUCGCGGACAUCGAGGCCUUCUUCCAGUCGCCCAAGUGCAUGGAGUACGGCAUGAUGGACCCAUGCAGCACGUUCUUCGCACCAGCGCCCAUGGCGACGGACGCGGCCAACGAGUGGGAGGAGGAAGGUGAGAUCAACCUCUGGAGUUUCUCAUCCCUCAACUGAUCGAUCCGUCAUCAGCUCCUCCACCAGACAUCAGUUCGGAGGUCAAGCCUCGCCCUCAAGUGAUCAUCAUUCAUCAUCAACCCAACACUGACUGAUUAAUUACGACUGCAGCCUAUACGUGAUCAAGAAUUGGUCACGGUAUAAAUAAGCAUUAUAUAUAUACGCGAUUAAGGAUUAUUUUAUUCUUACUAUUAGUUAAUUAUUGUACUACUAUAUACUACUAGUGCUAGGCUAAUUGUGCAAUGUGGGGGAGCUCUCAUGGAGCUACAUGUUUUAAGGCAGCUUUCCAUGGAGUCAACCUCCUCUCAGUUGCAUGCCAUGCUAUAUGUGUAGAACGAAUUGAAGCUGUGUUUUCUGCAAGUGCAAGUAAUGAAUUAUGAUGAUGUACUCCUACUUGUGUCCAAAGCAUCAUCCCUUUUCUAUUUUUUCAGUCAUGGGACGAUAUUAUACUACUCUAGUCUAGUAUCUAAGUAGAUGCAGGAUUUCUGGGAUCUUUGUGACUGAAAAUUUUUGUGUGGGCCAUAUAUGACUGCCAUAUGCCUUUAUUUGUGCUUACCAAUACACAGUGACAGACCUCUCAUUCUCUUAUUAAA